AUGUGGCCCUCCACCUUCCUCCUGUUGCUGCUGGCGUGCGUGUGCGCCGCGCAAAGCACCUUUGCCGCCGCUAGCGACUCGUCCAGCGACGUGUCCUCGACCUCCUCGAGCGGCAGCACCGGCGACAUCUACAAUGUGUGCCCCGUGGUGGUGGACUUCAGCGAGGAGCAGGAAGACCUGUCGGACGAAGAGCUCAAGGCGAACGCGGCCGACGCCGCCAUGUCCGCGUACCUGCUGAGCCACCCGAACAACACCCUGUGGGACUACUUCAAGAUCGAGCGCAAGCAAAAGCGCGAGAUGUUCAAGAAGCUGCCGCUCAAGGAGAAAAUCAAAAAGGUGCUCAAGGGCAUCGUGGACUUCGCGGCCGACACGACCAUCGCCCUUGCGCAGACGAUCGCGGACGCCAUCGAGUGGAUCAUCAACACGAUCCGCGACCCGCUCGUGGGCGUCCGGCAGAUCGGCAACUUCUUCAAGGAGUUCGGCAAGAACCUCAAGUCGCUCUGGGGGCUCAUGAAGGAGGACCCGAAGGAGACGGCCGAGAACAUGGGCGGCGGUCUGCUGCUGCACAUUACGCACCACCCGGCCGAGUUCACGGCCGAGACGGUGCUGAUGGUCAGCGGCGGCUUCGCGGUGAUCCACGGCCUGAUGGCCGGCGUGGAGGCCGUGUUCGGUACGAUGAGCAACGUCAUCUCGAAAGUGCUGCUGUCCGUGCUCAUGUUCAUCCACGCCAUCGACGACCCGAUCUACAUCGUCACGCCCCUGGUCACGUCCAUUGUGAACACGGCCGGCGAUCUCGCGAACGGAGGCAACUCGAGCGCUGAAAGCACCGUGCUGACGAUCGACCCGGUGCAGCCGCAUAAGUCGUGCCAGAUCCCGAAGAAGUUCCGUCCGGUCUUCUCGACGCGGGAUCUGUGCCUGAGCACCCCCGCGGAAGUCCGCCAGCUGAUCUUCGGCACGACCAAGCGCACGGCCAAGAUGACCCAGCCGGAGCGUAUCGCGGCGUACAACCGCUUCCACGACUUUGUGUGCUGCUACCUGGAGGACCAGGAGUUCGAGGUGAACGCGCCGAAGAUGGACUCGACUGCUUUCGAGAAGGAGCUGGUGGCGACGCCCGUGAAGAUGAGCAACUGCUCGCAGCUUCUUGGCAACUACAGCGCCGCCACCGUGUGGGAAUCGUCCACGGGCUACGGCGAUGACUCCGCGAGCCUCGAUGCGAGCGGUGACGAAUAG